ACAGAGCGACAGCGGGUAUCAGUCUCUUUCAUUCUCAGUUGGAGACGAACAGCCUGCGCGUAAACGGCACCGCGCAUCUCUGGAGGGAAAGAAAGGUGGUGUCUGGAUAUUUUCUUUUCUGUUUUUUAUUUUUUAUUUUUACAUUUAUUUAUUGCUGCAAGGUUGAAGGAAAGCCCAGGGAGGGGAGCAGAGUGACUGAGUGUCUUUGUGGAUUGCGAGCAUCGGGAGCGGUGACAUUUGGGAACGCGCAAGGCACCUGUGGAUGCAACAUCACCCCCUCCCCCCGCCCCCACACCCUCUGCUGUUUGGACUCAAACCUUUUGCAAAGAAAGGAUUCACCACAAGACACAGCUGAUAAUCAUCGCGGUUUAGGUCAAACAGCCUGCAGUCUAAGACGAGAAGCGCACUAUGCUGCUGAGUGUGUCCCUCCUGGUCGUCCCCCUGCUGAGCAUAACCGGCUGCGGCUCGUCGUACGUGCCGUGCCAGCCGUGCGAUCAGAAGGCCCUGUCCAUGUGUCCGCCGGUGCCGGUGGGCUGCGAGCUGGUGAAGGAGCCCGGCUGCGGCUGCUGCCUGACGUGCGCGCUCGAAGAGGGCCAGCCGUGCGGCGUGUACACCGGGCCGUGCACGCGCGGGCUCCGCUGCCUGCCCAAGAACGGCGAGGAGAAGCCGCUGCACGCGCUCCUGCACGGCCGCGGGGUGUGCAGGAACGAGAAGUUGUACAAACUGCUGCAUCCGUCAAAAGACAAAGAAUCUCACGAUGCCAUCCUACCCGUCCCCGAGUCCAUGCAGCCCCAAACCAAGGUGCCCAUAUAUGGAAGAGACCACAUCAGCAGUCGGAAGGCACAGGCCAUGAAGCAGGCCAAGGACCGCAAGAAGCAGCUGGCCAGGCUGGGACCCACCAGCAAUCUGGAUUUCUCACCGCUCAGCCUGGAUAAACUGGAGCCUGAGUUUGGACCCUGUGGGAGGAGACUGGAUAAUCUCAUUCAGAGCAUGAAGGACACUUCUAGGGUCUUGGCUCUCUCUCUGUACAUCCCCAACUGUGACAAGAAGGGCUUCUUCAAGCGCAAACAGUGUAAGCCGUCUCGUGGUCGGAGAAGGGGGAUCUGCUGGUGCGUCGACCGGUUUGGCAUGAAAAUCCCCGGCAUCAACUUCACCGAAGGAGACCUGCAGUGCAAAGACCUCGACAGCAGCAGCAACAGCAACGAAUGAGAGCGACCUGGUCGUACCCGCUGAGCCCUGAUCUUCUUAAAACCUGUCAAUCAAGCUAGCACACUUUAUGACUGCCAAUCAGGAAAAUAUGGCACAAAUACUUAUACAUAUAUGGUCAGGUGUGACGGACUGCGUUGUGUUGGGGUUUUUUAAAGGGGAGCUGAACCGAAAAGCUUGCUUUGGGUGAAAAUCUGCUCACGUAGGUCUUAACUCUGGCUCUCCACUGACUGUGUACUAUGUUCGAGGUUAGCUCACACCUCACCUCUUUAUAUCCAUAGAUAAUAGAGGAUUAUAUAUAUAUGUGUAUGAUAAUGAUAAUAUGUUGUGUACUUUUGAGUCUAUUUCUAAAUUUACUCCAAGAAAAGACAAGACAUAUUUUAAAUGUGGCUAAAAAUCUAUAUUUUUUUCAUAUUUUUGUCAUGAUGAUCAACAUGAGAGAAUGACAAUUACAAGACACCAUCGAAGAGUGAGUCAGCUCUCGUCUAAAUUAGCAAUGUUUAACUAAUUGUUAAUCGCGUGAAUGGCGUUCUGAAGUAAGAAUAUUUUUUUAAUAUAUCAAAUAAUGAGUUAAUCCAGGGUAUAUUAUAUUGUCAUCACAUGGGAAAAUCAACUUGUGAAUGAGCAGGAGACGGGCAGAAACAGCUGACAGCCAUUUCAUAUGCCAUGUCAGCAUUAUAGCAUUGUUCAGCAUUCAGAAAACCAUUGGCCAAUUAGUUUUCACUAACUGGAGUUUAAUCAGUCGCUAACAGAAGCCUAUACACUUUAAGGAAAAGCUUGACAUUUUGGGAAAGAGUUAGACGAAAAGAUUGAUACCACUCUCAUAUCAGUCCGUUAAAGCUAAAGCCAGCAGCUGGUUAGCUUAGCUUAGCUUAAAGAGCUUGGCCCUGUCCAAAUGUAACAAACCAACUCUAAAGCUCACUUAUUAACAUGUUUUGUGUCUUUUUUUAAUCUGCAGAAAAGCCGUUUUAUGGGGGGGGGAUUAUGUGCCAAGGCUCCGCUGGUUGCCUGGCAACCGCUCAGAGCCAAGAAAUAGAAACCUUGAAACUCAAAAAGACUCAACAUUCAACAUUAAAUUUAGGCAAAUUAAAUGAGAAACCAACAAAAGCAUGCUUAUGACUCAUGUAAAUGUUUUUGCUAGUUAGAGAUGAUUAUUUUCUACAUCUCUCGCCAUAACUGUAGCUCAUUAUUCUGCCACUAUCAGAUGAGUCCUGUAUGUUUCUGCUUGUCAAACUUGGUUGUAUUUUAGGCAAUCAUGCCCUCGUUAGGUGAUAUUCUGGACCCCCUCAUGUUACUUUCAUGAACAAGCAAUUAGGGAUAAAACUCACUCAAAACAUACUGUAAUGUACUGUAAAAGGUUACAUAUAUAACACUCGCCACACACCUUUCUCCAGUCCAGACAACUGCGUCCACUGUUUGUAAAUGUAUGUACAGUGUGUGUGUGCAUGCUCCUGAGUGUGUCUGUAUGUGUGUGUACUGUACUGUAUAUGUGCCAUGCCCUUAUAGUUCUCAACUAGAAAAAGCUCUGGUUUAUAUUCUCACAAGCCCAGCCUAUCCAAGCUAGUGUUCGACAAAUCCGGUGCCGUGCAUUUCCCUUCGAACGCAAAUCGUAUGCAAAGGAUCCGUGUUGUUUAUGUUUCCAUCAGUAGGGUCUUCAGUGCCACCACACAGGCAAAUCUGUCGGCCGAUGGUGACUUGCUCUCAGGGUUUAUUGGGUCCUAAGAGCGAGGUUGCUGAGUUUGUAUGUAAAUUUAAGUGCCUUCUGCCCCAUGCCUCUUUGAAUUUUGAUUUGCAUGUGAACCCAUCGUGUCGUUGAAUGAGGGAUAGCACAAAAGAGGAAAACAAUUUCACGUGUGGAUGUGGUCUGAAAGAUUUUUAGUUUGAUUAUGGUUUUAAGUUGGGUGCUGACAAAGAUUAUGGUGAUCUCCCUGUCGAGCGCUGCUGAAUGUACACGACAAGAGGAUAACAUUUUUGUUCUAUAGCUCAUAAAUUGCCUAAAAUCCCUUUCUUGUUGUUAUAAUGUCAAUGUUCAAUAAAUGAUUCUUAUAAUCUCAGA